AACAGGGUUACUACGGGGCUUCAUCAUCACCAGGGCUUCAAAGUCCAGAAGGAAGGUGAAGAGUGGGGAGGAGUUACGUGGACGAUUCUAUGUUACGACGUAUCGAGGUGGAGGGGUAGACGCGAUCCCGCAUUACAUCGGGUUGUUGUUGACAAUCAAUCAGUGUCUGAAGCUCGCUGAGUACUGCUAAGUACCCUGGAGUUUGAGGCCAGCUGCACACAUCAACACAAGGAAGAACAAGAAGAUACCUUCAGUCUUUAAUUCUUCACAUUCAGCUGUACCAAAGGAACUCACAUAGGAUUUCAUUCCAAAACAUUCUCAUUGAGUUUCGACUUUCAAAAGUGUCAAAACUCGUCGUACAACUCUUUAAUUCCUUCAAAUAUUCACCGCUGUGUAAAUGAGAGAAACCAGUUACUAGCUUCCAUUCUGCGAUUUAAAUGAAAUAAUUUCAUUGUUUCGUUGUUCGGUGGAAACUACAUGUUUGAACUCUGAAUUCUGCUGAAGAACCAAAUUAGAGGAGUUCUGGAGAAACGAAAUUGAUAAGAGAUUAGAGUUUCAACAUGAGGGGAAUGAUUUUUGUAGUAUUUAUCUGUAUCGGGUUUUGUUACUUCUGUCGAGCCCAAACGAUCCCCCCCGAUGUUCUAACCAAAGUUAAUAGUAUCCCCGGACUUGAAGACAUAAAUCUCACGGCCAUUAACCAAACUGCAGCCCUAGGAAAGAUCGAUGAGGUGAAAACAUUAUUGAAAGAGAAAUGUGAUACAAAUGGUGGACCAGGAACCUUUGAUAAAGUCUUUGCUGCCAAAGACGAGCUUUUUAGUUGCGUGAAGGGCCUCGUAAAUUUCACUGUUCUCAACCAGGAGAUGGAGGCUGCAAAACCUACUGGAGAUCUUGACAUUGUCUUCAAGAAGUACUGUGAUAAAAGAGGAAUUUUCGAACAGUGCAUUUCGAACUUUACUGAUGUUUUGGAUCCCUGUUUACAACCCGUCGAGAAGGACAAUGAAUCCAUUGUGAAGGCAGCUACACACUCAGUGUUAAACUUCAUUUGUCAUAAAGAAGGAGAUAGAAUUGCUUUGUUUAUCGGCUCUGGUGGCAAGGAAUGCUUCCAGCAGAGGUACAUUGAUGUAGCGAAAUGCAUAAACGCAACAUACAGCAAAUACAUCCGAACUAAUGAUACUAAGCCUGGAAUGCCGAUAUUCGAAAAAAUUCCAACUCUUACAUUUGAUGCCCAAACAUGCAGCGAUGCAUCGAACACUCAAGCUUGCAUCGUCAAAGAAUUAGAAAAAUGCGAGGAUCCAACGCCUGGAAACUUGAUGGAUUCCUUAAUGACCUUCGUGAAACGUAAAACACCCUGUGAAGGACUUUUGAAACCCAAAGUUGAAAGAUCAAUCUCCGAAGAAGUGCCCAGCAGUGCAGUUUCCAUUAUAACUCAUCCCAAUAUUUUAUUGCUGUCAUCGAUCAUCUUCCGUUUAAUUUAAAUGUCGGAAAUCCGUAUUGAUGAAGAUUUUCAGUUAGAUAUUCAAGUAGAUGAACUAUUUUCAUAACUCUUGAAUCGCCUGAAAUUGAGUUCUGCAUUGAAUUAGUGAAAGAUAAUUUUCAAAAACGUCAAUUGAUAAUUUUUCAGUGAAACGUCAAAAGACCGUAUCUUAAGUUGAGGAAAUUUUGCAAAGAAGCGUUUUUUGAUUAUUUUUCAAAUGCGUCAAAAUAUAUGUUUGAGUAAUAAUCUUCA